AUGCAGGCCGAAUUGAAGGAGUCAUUAGAACAAGGUGUCGAGAUAGGAGAGGCGGAGAGCGCUAUCACAGAAGUUGGAACUGUACUCGAACAAUGGAAGAUCAACUCACUAACCCCGCAAAAAACCUCACUAGUCAAGAGCGUUAGUGUGGCUAAUUAUAGCCUAACAGGUGCCCGACCCCACUCCCCACUCCUAGGGUUCCCCAGCCGCCGCCGGCGGCUCCCCCGCGCGGAGCCGUCGCCACGGCGGCCGGAGCCCGCCAGCCCCUUCCCCAUCCCGUUCCCCUUAUCCUUCCCCCUCCAUUACCUGUACCCCCGCGCCGCCUCCCUGAGCGAGGCGGCCAGGGGCCCUUCCCUCACGCCCCUCCAGCUCUCCCCCGCGUCCCUCCCUCCUCCUGCCGCCGUCAGCGUGCACUGCCGUCCUCGGCCGUGUGGUGCUGGCGGCGGUGGGCAUGCCUCUCCCCGCGUGCGGCCCUCCCCUGCUCGGGCCGUGAUGGCCGGCGGCGGUGCGCCUCGACCGGCUUCGGUGCUGCCCAUCGGUGGUGAUGCCGCGGGCCGCGGUGGUUCUCAACACGGCGGUGCGGCCGUUGGCCGUGGGGCGGCGCAGUGGCGCUGGGCCUGGCGGCACCCGCCCAGCCCAGAUCUGGGCCAUUUUGGGCAUCAUCCGGGUUGGGCGGGCCGGUGGCUCGGCGUUCGGCGGUGUCGUUCCCUGGUGGUGGCGUGGUGGCGGUGGUCUCGGGCGGUGAGGGCAUCGUCGAUCGGCGCGCUGCAGCGUGGUGACAGGACUGUCCGGAUCCAAGUGGACCCGGCCGGGCAUUCGAAUCUCGAAGAUGGGUCAAACAGCAUUAGAAUGAGCAGGAUGAAUUUGGUAGAUCUUGCUGGAUCUGAGCGGCAAAAGCUAACCCAUGCAGCUGGGGAUCGCCUAAAAGAAGCAGGAAAUAUAAACCGGUCACUUUCAGCACUUGGAAACUUGAUUAAUAUACUGGCAGAAAUUUCACAAUCUGGAAAACCAUGGCAGCAUGUUCCGUAUCGCAAUUCAAAGUUGACAUUUCUAUUACUAGAAUCCCUGGGUGGUAAUGCAAUGCUUGCAAUGAUUUGUACUGUUUCACCGUCAGAAAGCUGUAAGAGUGAGACCUUGAGCACUCUAAGGUUUGCUCAACGUGCCAAGGCUGUAAAAAACAGGGCAGUUGUCAAUGAAGAAAAAGAGGACGAUGUCAAUGCACUGCAUGUUCGGACCAAGCUUUUAAAGGAUAACAUUGCGGAUGCUGCUGAUUGGGCUGAGGCUGAGAGUAAAUGGAUGGCUCUGGCAGAUGAGCUCAGGGCCGAACUUGAAGCAAGCAAAUCUCUUGUUGGGAGGUUGCGGUCAGAACUGGAGUCAGAGAAGAAAUGCUCGAAGGAGGCACUGGAAUCAGCAAUGCAGGCGUAUUCUAGAAUCUUGGUACAGUAUGCUGACCUUGAAGGUAAGUAUGUUCUUGAUGGGGUCGAGGGCCAGCUGAAGGAUACAACUGAAGCUCCUGGUGAAUUGCUAGUACGACUGAAGGAGGCUGAGGAAGCGACAAGAAUUGCCGAGCGCCGAGCCUUGUUGACAGAGCAGAAGACCGACAGGCUGAUCGAGGAAAACGCUGCGCUCAAUCAACGGUUGACAGAGAAGUCAGAGCACAGAUCGCUGGAGGUGACGAAGAGCACAAACCUCCGCUUCUGGUUCUCCGGUUACGACAGAGGCAACAUCUGAAGAUGCCUGCACCAUGUAGUGUACUGUACCAGCUUAAAGAGGAAGGAAUGGGUAGUGGCUACAGCUUGCAGUGAGUUGAUAAUUCCACUCCGCUCUGUAUGGAGACUCCUAAAAGGAUCUUGAGAGAAAACAGCAACUACAGUACGCAGAUGACUUUUGUCAUUGACCUGGCAGUUUACUGUUGGCUUUACUUUUGUACAGGAGUAUUAGCUAUAGCCUCACUUCUGCUGUAGAUAAGUGCUGACAAUACAAGGGGCACGCCUACUAGUUACUGUAAAAUUUUGUAUAGAGUUUGCACUUCUGCUACAUUAUGAUGACAAGUUAGAUAAGCUUGCUGCUGUCAAGAUGAUAACGACUUUGCGACU